AACCUCUACGCAUUAGAGUUGGACUCCAUCGGUGGUGACGUAAGCGAAGGAGGAGGAGGAGCUAGAGAUUUGAUAGCUGUUGAGCUCGAUUAUCCGCUCAAAGACGCCCCGAGUAGUAUCAUCGAAUUUGGUAAGAGAUAUGGGGUAAACGAAUAUGAACUUCGCGUGAUGCUUGAGCGGCAGACUGCAAAAUUGAAUCCUAGAAAUCGGGUUAGGAUCAUCGGAUCAUGCAAUGGUUUAGUGUGUAUCUCUCCAGGUGAAGGCACUAUGUUCUUGUAUAAUCCAACCACUGGAGAAUCCAAGAGAUUACCUGUGACUAUACCUCGUAGAUAUGAAGAAGAGUUCCGAAUUUGUGGAUUUGGCUUUGAUGAUCUGACCGAUGAUUACAAAGUAGUGAAGCUUGUUCCUGAUGUUCGUGCCCAUGUUGUCAACGCUAGUGUCUACUCCUUGAAGGCAAACUCUUGGAGAUGAAUACGUGAUUUAAGGAUCGGGAAUGGGUUUUACUCCGGUGUGAAUCUCAACGGUGCGUGCCACUGGGUGUUUACGCUUCAGGACGGUGAUCACUACCAGAGAAUGGUGUUAGCAUUUGAUAUUAAAACCGAGGAGUUUCGAGAGAUGCCGUUGCCUGAUGAAGCUGAGUAUUUUCCUCUUGGUUUCGUACAUUUGGGGGUCGGGAUCCUCAACGGGUGUCUCUCUGUAGUGAAUAGUUGCUACAUUUUUCACAAUGAUAUAUGGGUGAUGAAUGAGUAUGGUGUAGCGAGUUCGUGGAGCAAGAUCCGGAUCAGCUUGUUCUACAAGUCGAUGAAACCCUUGUGUUCCACUAACAAGAAUAAAGAGUUUCUUCUGAAACUUGAUGGAAACUUGGUCUUGUACAAUUUUGAGACCAAUGCGUCGUGGAAUUUGGGGAUUCGCGGGGUAGAGCUUAGUGACAAGUUCGAGACCAGUACGUACGUAGAGAGCCUAUCGCCAAACUCGUAUGGUGUUGAGAACUGA